AUAGAUAGAUAGAUAGAUAGAUAGAUAGAUAGAUAGAUAGAUAGAUAGAUAGAUAGAUAGAUAGAUAGAUAGACAGACAGACAGACAGACAGACAGACAGACAGACAGACAGACAGACAGACAGACAGACAGACAGACAGACAGACAGACAGACAGACAGACUGAUUGAUUGAUUGAUUGAUUGAUUGAUUGAUUGAUAAGGAAUAGGGUCCAGAGAAGAGGAGGAUGAGCAGCAGACAGGUGAAGGAGUAUCUGAGUCAUCAUCACAUCAGCCAACUGCUGGAGAGUCUGCUGACUGGUCUCCUGUUCCACCGACCUGAGGACCCACUCAGGUUCCUACAGGAUGCCCUGAAGAGGACGAGGACACUGGGAGGUCCUGAAGCUGUCAGCUGGGACACCUUCAUCCACCACCUGAGUCCUCUGACCUCCAAAACACCACCAGAUCCCCAAAUAAUACCCCACACAGCAGCCCUGUUACCCCUCAUAGCAGCCCAGAUACCCCCAGCCCCACCCCGAGUCCCUCCACCAGCUCAUCCUGGACCUCCAGCAGUCUCCAUGAUGUCCAAAGCACCCAUCUUACCACCACUGACCACCUCAGUUUGCUCCACCUCCUCCACCCAUAAAACACCAUCUGCAACCCUCCAAGCAGCUUCUGAACACAGAACCCCACCACCACCUCCAUCUAAACCAGCAGGAGCUCCACCUGAACCAACAGGAGCUCCACGUGAACCAACAGGACCUCCAUCUAAACCAACAGGAGCUCCACCUGAACCAGCAGGAGCUCCAUCUGAACCAGCAGGAGCUCAACCUGAACCAACAGGACCUCCAUCUAAACCAACAGGAGCUCCACCUGAACCAGCAGGAGCUCCACCUGAACCAACAGGACCUCCAUCUAAACCAACAGGAGCUCCGCUGGUCCACACUGAAGUGAUGCAACCAGACAGAAAAGCACAGAGUGAAGACGGUCCUCCUGGUCCUGGUUCUUCAUCUGUUCUUCCUCCUGGUCCUCCUGGUCCUGGUUCUUUAUCUGUUCUUCCUCUUGGUCCUGGUUCAUCUGUAGUCCACUCUCAGCUCUCCAUAGAGUCGGAUUCUGACAUGACGGAGAGUUCUGGACUCUUACAGGAGGUCAACAUCCUCCCCUCUCAGAGACCACACCCCCUGAUCAUCUUCAUCAUCGGUGGACCCGGCAGCGGUAAAGGAAGUCAGACCACCAAACUGACCGCCCACUUUGGUUUCCGAGGACUCUCAUUGGAUGAGCUUCUCAGGAGGCAGCUGCUGACCGACUCCACACCUGGACGCAGGUGGGAGCUGAUGUCAGAGCUGAUGAGUCACGGAGAGCUGGGAACACAGGAGGACACCGUGUCAGAGCUGAGGCAGCAGCUGAUUGGUCAGCAGGAGGUGGGGGGGGUGAUCGUGGACGGGUUCCCUCGAGACAUCCAUCAGGCUCUGAGCUUCCAGGAGCAGGUAGGAUCACCUGACCUGGUCCUGAUGCUGGUCUGCUCCAAUGAGAUGCUGCGUGGUCGCCUACAACGACGAGCUGCUCGGCUUGGUCUUCUAGGAGACGGUGACCACACCCUCCAGAGACGCCUGGACAGGUUCCAGAGGGACAUCGUGUCCAUCAGCAGAUACUACAGACAGCUGCACCUGCUCACACAGGUGGACGCUGACCGGGACCUGGAGCUGGUUUUUGCUGAUCUGAGUUCAGCCGUCAAAGAGAAGCUGUCUGUGAAGACCCAGGCAGAAUCCUGCACUGCUGAGCCAGCGUCACACCUGAUCAAUCAAUAAUCUUGUAACCAAUCAGCUGAUCGAUCAGUAAUCUCGUAACCAAUCAGCUGAUCAAUCAAUAAUCCUGUGUGUUUGUGAAUCUUAGUUGCCGUGGUAACCAGGUCAGUGAUGAUGCGUAAACAUGUGACUUUCAGGUUAAACAGAGUGAAAUUGUGACGUCAUGAUGA